AUGUUGGUUGUUGUGGCUUGUGUUCAAUGGAAUAAGAAAGAGAGGAAAAUGGUGCCCGAAGGUUGUAAUUGUAUAAAAAAGGAGGGACAUAGAAGCUUACAUGAGUUUGACGGUGAAGGUGGUGGUUGUAACAGAGCAAGAAUACCUUGGGGAUUAAGAAUUCCAGCUCGUCUUGGGUUAUCAUUUUCAAAUGAUAUUGAGACAACAAUUCAUAAACAUGCUUCAUCCUUAUUGGAUUUAAGCCAUAAUCUUCAAUCCGUCUUCUUCACAAAAAUAUUGGUGGCUACAGAUGAUGAGAGGAUUGCAGAUUGUUGUCAUGGAUUUGGAGCAGAUGUCAUAACAAUCUUGUCGAAAUGUGGAGUUGUCAAAGUGUUACAAGCAACCCCUGAUGCUGUAUUUAGCACUACAAUUACAUCUUUGAAAGCAGAUGCAUGUGAUCAAAAUCGGGUGAAAUGUCAGGGAAGGUCAAUGCACAGUUCCAAAUCCAUCAUGUUUAGAAAAAUGAAGGUAUUCACAAAAUAUUUGGUUCAUCAAUUCGAAGAUAAAUGA